UUGUGCAUGAACCCACGAUGAAUUAAUUGUUACAACAAAAUUUAACUUUGUAUUUGUCACAAUACAAAUACGCACGACAGUUAACGAAUAUGUAUGGAACGCAACACACGUACGAACUUUAAACGUAAAAACUUGUAGUCAUUAUUCUGUUUAGUAGUUCUCAUAUAUGUUCUCAUAAAAGAAAAGCGUCUUUUAUCUUCGAAUAACAGUUGUCAGAGUCAACAAUAAUUAACAACACGUAUCGCAGACCUCUUCAACAUUAUUAUAAUAAUUACAAAUGUCAGUUCGGCGAUUGUUGGUAUUUGACACUUAACGGUAUGUCAGCUGUCUAGAUCGUAAUUAAUGGGAGAUUCGAGGUUAUGAGUGGUGCGACGUUAUUGACAUUACAACACCCAACAUAAACGCAAGUGCGGAAACAUGGAGCGUAAAUCUGUUUGUGAUAAAUUCUUGUGAGCGCGUAGUUCGCGAUGGUGAAAGAACGAUGCUGCAAAAUUCGGCAACACAAAAUCGUCGAAAAAACUGCUAACAAAGAUAUCGACUGAACGCGACCCUGAACAUCGCGUCUUGUCGCGAGCAGAGCCGCCGCCGCGCAGUGUAGUGAGCAAAUGUUUAGCAAUCAUGGCGAAUCCGAGAAAGUUUAGUGAAAAAAUAGCCCUUCAUACUCAUCGACAAGCCGAGGAAACGGCCCGAUUUGAGCAAAUUAUGAAAGAAGUGUCGGAUGCAACGGCUAGGGUGGCACCUGAUAGAAGUUCAUCUAAAAACACGCUUCGUAUCAACAAUCAAACAUUGGGUACAUUCCGCGGUGGUUCUCUACCCAAUGUAUCCGCGGGUGUUCCUACUGUCAAGUCAACUUGCCAAAACACAGAAUCAACAAAGGAUGAAGCGGCAAAUGCCAACAUGGUAAAUUAUCGACCGGGCAGUAGAGCACGUUCUCAAGGAGGACCAAUUCGAAGGCCUCAUGACAGAAGGCUAGACACAUCACCCUAUUCCAGUAGUACAUUUUUAAGUCCUCCGCACGAUACAAGUUGGAGACGUACACAUAGUGAUUCCGCAUUGCACCAAAGUGCUAUGCAGGACAUGAAUUCCGAACGAAACGAAAACUGUAAUAAUAGAUGGAUGUUGCCAAAUAUGAAUGGCCCAGAAAGAAAUGAGGGACGACCGAGGUCGAGUUGCGAGGUUCCUCGCGUACCUGGUAUACACAUAUAUCCUUCAGCACAUGUACCGGGAGCUGUCCAAAUACCCAUUGGCGGUAAUAAUACGGGAUCUCUACCGGAUUUAACCAACGUAAAUUUUACGUCGCCGAUCCGCGUACCCUUAGAUCAAGACUUAGAUCAAGGGAGUUCACCAUAUAGUUCUAGUCCUGUAAAUGCAAGUCCAUCUACUUUAUCCCCCACAAGUAUACCUCAAGGAGUACGACAAGGCCGUUUUCAUUUUACACAUCCAUCACACGCACACUCGAAUCAUUUAUCAGUUCCUAAUAGAUAUCCCAAUCAUCCAACUAAGAGUAUGCCGCUAGAUAGUAAAAGUAUAACCGGUUUAGUUGACGGCACGGAUUUCACACAAUUAACCGGUAUUCAAGGAUUAUAUCAACAAUGUCCGCCCACUUCAUCUUCACCAACGUUACCACAAGCGUCAGGUUAUAGGAGUCCGUGUCCGAGACCCAGUCCACAGUCAUCACCUAGUUUAGGAGGACGUCAUUCGGCACCAUGUAGUCCGGGUGCUCCAAGUCCCGGUGCUCCUAGUCCACUUCCCAAUGAUUAUAACAUUUUCAGUCAACACCAAUUUCAACAACAUUUCGAACAAUUAUCAAUGGGAGUGGAUUGGGCGCAGUUGGUGGCAAGCCUAUUGGAGUCAGGCUGCACCUGGAGCGCACAGUUGCAGUUGGACCCGCCUGUUAGUAGUGUAUCAUAUGUAGAACAGCCUUCUGGACAGUUAACACAAACACAUAGCCAAACAGCGCCAGAAGUUUCCACUGUGGGCAGCAUAGAAUUAACGUCUGAUCCAGGGUAUUAUAGCACGUCACCAUCACAACUUGUUUACCCGCCAAGUCUGCACACUACACCAAAUACUCCGACCAGCAUACCAGAUAUUAUAUUGACAGAUUUUUCAUCCGCGACCGACGAAAUAUCAAGGCAAGAUUUGAACAAACAAUUGGAAAACGAUUUUUUCUCGGAAGAAUCAUUGCGUGAAAGCCUCGAACCUUUGAAUUUUGAUGAGCUGCAGAUGUUGACGGACCCUACAAUGAGUCUUAUACCCGACGGUGUGGAAGAUGGUUUUCGAUUAAAUCGUUCAUAACAGUGAAAUGCACUGCCAAAUAUUCUGUAGGUUCUUAUUGUCAAAAGGCAUUGUAAGAGCAUUUCAAAUAAUUCAAGAAUUUUUAAAUUUGUGUUAUCUGAAAUAUGAACUAUUAUAAGUGUGAUCGUUAGAUUUAGUGACUUUUCCAGAAGCGUGGCCAACAUUACACAUGGAAAGCAAGACCUACAAUGGUAUUUCAUGUUUAGAUUUUUAUUUUGUAAAAUUUUCAAAGAAAAACAACUGUUUUUUGAUAUUAUUAGCUUGCAAUUACAAUGAUUUGGAAAAUAUAGGAACAUUUUUUGAAAGACUGACAAACAGUUGAAGACUGUUAUAAACGAAUUUUGGAAGUUUAUCAUACUUUCACAACUUUGGUUUCUUUAGUAAAUUCUUUAUGCAUAGAUAUAAUUAAGCACAUAAAUUUUAUAAUGAAAACGUCAACAGAUUUUUUUUACAUAUACAUAUGAUUAGAUAAACAAAUCUGUUAGAACUAGGUUUAUAGGUGUUUGUACAAAUAUAAGUUUAUUUAGUUUCUAAGUUUAUCGUAAUUCGGAUUGAAACUUUUAAAAAGAUGGUUUCUUUGUACAUUUAAAUUUUUUUAUAACUCGUGGAAAUCGUCGUUUUAAAACUUGUUAGUGUUGUGUAAAAUAGAUAGCUAAUUAUCUUUAGUCUUUUUAAGAGUGACACUUUAGUGCAAUAUAAUUUUUGCAGUCAUUUUUAUUUUAUAUACGAAAAUAUAAUGUUGAAGUACUUGAAAUUUUUAUUUAAUUUUUUUAUUUUAGAUUUUUCUACAAGUUAAUUAAAUUAAAAUUUCGUUAUUAUUAUUAUUUUUCAUUCAUUUGGACUGGAUUGUAUAGAUUAGGAUAGAAACGCACAAGAUUUAUGUAAGGGGAAUAAUAUUUUUAUAUUGUCCAUACUUAACUGAUACUUAAAUUUUAUAAUUUGUUUGUUAAUAAUAACUGAAAAAUGUGAGUCAUUAAUAUACGUGGCAAAAAUGAAACUAUUUAAUUGGACAAUGUAAGAAUUCCGUAGACGCUAAAUCCGUAUAUCAUACACAUGUUCUAAAUGGCUCUCUUAUUAAUUAAAACUCCCUUCAAUAUGAUAGUGUUUAUGUAGACCAAAGCCGUUUUAAUUACUGAAUCUCAAUUUAAAAUGUUGUAAAGCAAAUAAAUAUGUCUGUGAAAUCCAAUCGUUUUGCACAUCUUUACAUUAGUAUCUAUACAGGUAUGUUAAUAGUCUUGGUGCUGUUUUAAUCACAUACAAGGAAUGUUAUAUUUUCAAAAAUUUGUUAAAUUUGGCUGACAAAUAUUUCUGCAGGAAAAACAUAUCAAGAUUUUUUAUCAAUCAUGAGAUAAAUGUUUCCCGAGACAAACAUGCACUUGCAUUUUCCGAAACAUGCGAUAAAUUUUUCAGCUAACAUUACUACGACUAUUCUGUUAUCAAUAAGUAACAUGUGUUCAUGGUCAAUUAUCUAGUGUCAGAAUUUUAGAAUUAAACAACUUUUGUUAAAAAAUAAUUAUUUGUUAGUCAAAUUUAUAGCUUUUCAUUGCUCAAGUGAUUUUUUUUAUAGAGGAUUUUAGGAGUACUGACUACUUUAUGUAAGAUUUAUUUAAAAAAGACAGUUUUGUAUAUUCGAUUAUUUUUCUGUAGUCAGUAUAAAGUGUGAAAAUCAUACUUGGAAGUGGACCUAAGUCAUGUUUAAUAGAAUUUAGCUGAUUUGAUUUGUUCGAUGUAGCGGUCAAUUAAUUAUUUUUAUGUAUAUAUUUUUAAGUAUUUGAUAAAUAUCACAGUUUCAAUUUAUAAAGCUAUAUCGAUUAAAUCUUAUUGAAUGUAAAUGAAAACAACCAUUUUAUUACUUUGUCUCAUGUUUUGUACAUAGGAUCAUAUACAUUAAUUAUCCAUUUAAAUUUGUAUAACAUUUUAUUUUAGAUUAAAUCUUAUUCAGACACAAAACGUCAAUUGUUGCAUGCUUCGUUGUUAUUUUUUUAAAUUUUAAAAAUAAUUAUACUUCAUGAUUUAUAAA